AACAGGGUGGGGCUCCCGCGCCCGGACUCCGCCCCUCGCCCCUCCUCCGCCUCCUCCCCUUCCCCCGACUCGCCCCUGGGGAGGGGUGGGUGGGGAUUCUGGGCCGGUGGCGGAGUCACUGUCGCUUCAGCCAGGCUGCGGAGCGGACGGACGCGCCUGGUGCCCCGGGGAGGGGCGCCACCAGGGGAGGAGGAGGAGGAGAAGAAGGUGGAGAGGAAGAGACGCCCCCUCUGCCCGAAAUCCUUCCAGGCCCUGACCUCAGGAGCCAGGGCACUGACAGGACAGGAGAGCCAAGUUUCUCCACUUGGGCUGCCCGAAGAGGCCGCGACCCUGGAGGGCCCUGAGCCCACCGCACCAGGGGCCCCAGCAGCACCCCGGGGGCCUAAAGCGACAGUCUCAAGGGCCAUCGCAAGGUUUCCAGUUGCCUAGACAACAGGCCCGGGGUCAGAACAACAACCCUUCCAGCCACCUGCCUCAACUGCUGCCCCAGGCACCAGCCCCAGUCCCUGCGCGCCAGCCAGCCCAGGUGACAUGCCGGUGCUCUCCAGGCCCCGGCCCUGGCGGGGGAGCACGCUGAAGCGCACGGCCGUGCUCCUGGCCCUCGCGGCCUAUGGAGCCCACAAAGUCUACCCCUUGGUGCGCCAGUGCCUGGCCCCGGCCAGGGGUUCUCAGGCGCCCGCCAAGGAGUCCACGCAGGAGGCCUCCGGGGCCAAGGCCGGCAUGAACCGGGUAUUCCUGCAGCGGCUUCUGUGGCUCCUGCGGCUGCUGUUCCCCCGGGUCCUGUGCCGGGAGACGGGGCUGCUGGCCCUGCACUCGGCCGCCCUGGUGAGCCGCACCUUCCUGUCGGUGUAUGUGGCCCGCCUGGACGGAAGGCUGGCCCGCUGCAUCGUGCGCAAGGACCCGCGGGCCUUUGGCUGGCAGCUGCUACAAUGGCUCCUCAUCGCCCUCCCUGCUACCUUCGUCAACAGUGCCAUCCGCUACCUGGAGGGCCAGUUGGCCCUGUCGUUCCGCAGCCGUCUGGUGGCCCAUGCCUACCGCCUCUACUUCUCCCAGCAGACCUACUACCGGGUCAGCAACAUGGACGGGCGGCUUCGCAACCCUGACCAGUCUCUGACAGAGGACGUGGUGGCCUUUGCGGCCUCUGUGGCCCACCUCUACUCCAACCUGACCAAGCCACUCCUGGACGUGGCCGUGACUUCCUACACCCUGCUUCAGGCGGCCCGCUCCCGUGGGGCCGGCACAGCGUGGCCCUCAGCCAUCGCUGGCCUCGUGGUGUUCCUCACGGCCAACGUGCUGCGGGCCUUCUCACCCAAGUUUGGGGAGCUGGUGGCAGAGGAGGCGCGGCGGAAGGGGGAGCUGCGCUACAUGCACUCGCGUGUGGUGGCCAACUCGGAGGAGAUCGCCUUCUAUGGGGGCCACGAGGUGGAGCUGGCGCUGCUACAGCACUCCUACCAGGACCUGGCCUCGCAGAUCAACCUCAUCCUUCUGGAACGCCUGUGGUAUGUCAUGCUGGAGCAGUUCCUCAUGAAGUAUGUGUGGAGCGCCUCAGGCCUGCUCAUGGUGGCUGUCCCCAUCAUCACCGCCACUGGUUACUCAGAGUCAGCUGCAGAGGCCGUGAAGAAGGCAGCCUUGGAAAAGAAGGAGGAGGAGCUGGUGAGUGAGCGCACAGAAGCCUUCACUAUUGCCCGCAACCUCCUGACAGCGGCUGCAGAUGCCAUUGAGCGGAUCAUGUCGUCGUACAAGGAGGUGACGGAGCUUGCUGGCUACACAGCCCGGGUGCACGAGAUGUUCCAGGUGUUUGAAGAUGUUCAGCGCUGUCACUUCAAGAGGCCCAGGGAGCUGGAGGACGCUCAGGCGGGGUCUGGGACCAUAGGUCGGUCUGGUGUCCGCGUGGAGGGCCCCCUGAAGAUCCGAGGCCAGGUGGUGGAUGUGGAGCAGGGGAUCAUCUGCGAGAACAUCCCCAUCAUCACGCCCUCAGGAGAGGUGGUGGUGGCCAGCCUCAACAUCAGGGUGGAGGAAGGCAUGCAUCUGCUCAUCACGGGCCCCAACGGCUGCGGCAAGAGCUCCCUAUUCCGGAUCCUGGGUGGGCUCUGGCCCACGUACGGCGGUGUGCUCUACAAGCCCCCACCCCAGCGCAUGUUCUACAUCCCGCAGAGGCCCUAUAUGUCUGUGGGCUCCCUGCGUGACCAGGUGAUCUACCCGGACUCAGUGGAGGACAUGCGAAGGAAGGGCUACUCAGAGCAGGACCUGGAAGCCAUCCUGGACAUCGUGCAUCUGCACCACAUCCUGCAGCGAGAGGGAGGUUGGGAGGCUAUGUGUGACUGGAAGGACGUCCUGUCGGGUGGCGAGAAGCAAAGAAUCGGCAUGGCCCGCAUGUUCUACCACAGGCCCAAGUACGCCCUCCUGGAUGAAUGCACCAGUGCCGUGAGCAUCGAUGUGGAAGGCAAGAUCUUCCAGGCAGCCAAGGACGCGGGCAUCGCCCUGCUCUCCAUCACCCACCGGCCCUCCCUGUGGAAGUACCACACACAUUUGCUACAGUUCGACGGGGAGGGUGGCUGGAAGUUCGAGAAGCUGGACUCGGCUGCUCGCCUGAGCCUGACAGAGGAGAAGCAGCGGCUGGAGCAGCAGCUGGCAGGCAUUCCCAAGAUGCAGCGGCGCCUCCAAGAGCUCUGCCAGAUCCUGGGCGAGGCCAUGGCCCCAGCACAGCCUAAUUUAUUGGAUUCCCUAUUCGUAGCCAUCUCCAUGGCCAAUGUGACUACCCUGCCAGCAGCGGGGGUGGCCCAGCCUCUGAGUCCCAUGGGGCCCUGGCUCCCACUGGUGCCAAACCCAGCCCCUGUGGCCGUCACCCCGCCAGCCUACACUGCCAGCCGCCACCGGAGCACACGGGCCUCUGCUUGCCAGCCAGGAGUGCGGACACCAUGUUCCCAGCUCAGUGCCAAAGAGGGGUCACCAGGGGGAGCUGUCUAUAGAGCCAGCACCUGCCCGAGAGACCCCACCGCCACCGUGUGCCUUUCCCAGGCCCUCAGCCCUCGGGCUGGGCGCCACCCCCAGUCCCCCCAGUAAAAGCCUCCAUUGGCAAAUGCAGUCCUUCC